AUGAACGCAGGCGAAGAGAUGAAACAGCCAAACAGGCUGUUAACACCAGCACUCACAACAGAGGUGUUCAGUCCAGACAUAACGGGGUCAUGGACCUCGCGGCAGUGGUUCCCCUCCUCGUCGCAGGCUGAGAUCAGGUCCACCACCUUCUCUGGGUCCGUGGACGCUUUGACAUCCGAGAGGCCCUUGGCCCACGCUGCUGAGCUCACCAGCCACAUGAAGGUGAACACGCACGUAACGCUUCACCGAGUAUACUUCGAUGCUCCGACUUGUAAAGGAGGACCCCCCGAGCGUCUCUUCCUGGUUGGCGACUACUCUUCCUCUGCAGAGUUCUUCGUGACCAUUGGGGUGUUUGCCUUCCUGUACUCCAUGGCUGCACUCAACUUCUACAUCUUCGCCUUGGAGAAAUACCGCGAAAACAACAAGGGGCCUCUCAUUAUGGUUGGCGCUUCUGCCUUCUUCGUCGUCUUCAUGCUGGAACUGGAUAAGCAUUUACUCAUUAUCCACUGGCAGUUCACUGACUUUGUGCGUGCUCUGACAGGCUGUAUGCUCUACAUGGUCAGUUCCCUGGUCUGGCUGAUCAACAACGGAAAAGGCGGUGAUGAAAAACAAAAAUAUGCAAACAGUGUUAUAGGAGGGGUCCUUGGGUUAGUGGCUGCAGUGCUGUUUGGCUAUGACGCCUACUUCACCUUAAAACACAUCAAGACUGGCAGACAGCAGUCCUUGGGUCAACCACUGGCUCAAACCAGUACAAGUGGGAUUUAAAUGCCUCAACCACUAGCUCAAACCAUUACUAGUGUGGUGGUUUGCUAGUGGGUUACCUAAUUGAUCAGAAAGACAGCAAUCACAUAUUAUGAAUCUGCUGGCGAUAGCGAACAAGCAACACUCCCUGUAUUCUCUGUUGCGUUCAAUAAAAAAAAAAACAUAUUCUACAUAUUAAAAGUGCAUAAUAUAUGUAGUUUUACUGACAAACGCCAAUUGCAUUGCAACCAAAUAAACAUAAACAAAUCAAAUGAACUAUAAAGAGCUCAGAAUUCGGUGCCCUACCAUUUACAUGGUUGUUGUUUUGAAUUAUUAAAAAAGUAGGUAGAAAUACUUUUAUUGCCUAUUAUUAAAAUAAAGGUCAGUACUUCAGACCCUUUUUAAUUCAAACCCUUUUUAAAUAAGGUAACCUUUUUAAUAGACUGUCAGACAACUGUCCUGCCAUGAACAUCAUUCAGUAUUAUAAUUAAGGAAAUUAUUAAUAUUAUUUAAAACAUUUUAAUUGAGAGAAAUCUCUAACUCUGACCCAAUAAAACAUCUGUUAAAAUAAUUAACAGAUAUUGCUUCAGGGAUAGCUUCUCUACCAUCAACACCCUUUAGUUUUAAAAUUUUAAAAUUUUGGAAAUUCUUAAUAGUAUUUAAAGCAUCUUUCCAUCAAAAUGUCUCAAUAGCUCGUACCCAAUAAAUCUUAUAUGGAAAUAAACAACUGACAUAGCUUCAGGGAGAGCUGCUCUUCCAUCAACAUCUUUUUUCCAAUUUUCCAAUGUAGGAAAUUAUUAAUAGUAUAUAAAGACAGUGUGAAAGUACUCUUUCUGUAUUAGGACCAAUUCCUGAUGACUGUCUGAUGUCCACUGGGGAGCUGCUGCAUGAUGUACAUCCACUGCCACUAAUCUGCCAAAUUCUGUCAGGCUUGAAAUAUAUUUCCUUGGUAGAUUCUACAUUUGGUCCUGUGCCAAGAGGAUCAGUGCUUUCCUACCAGUGUCUUCCAGAGAUUACCGGCACCCUCAGUCACCAUCUUGAUGGACCCAAUUUCCCAAACCUACCAACACAGAAUUACAGACAAAACAUUCAAUUUGCUCCCAAUAUGCAGCAACAAUACCACUUACAAUCUCUCCAUGUUUCUGAGCAGAAGUCCAUCAUUUAUGAGAAAGAGACAAGGGAACCAUAAACGUUCCCCAAGACUAACAUCUAGUCAAUUUCCUGACUAGACACUCUCUUCUGGCCAGACACUCUGUCAGCGCAUUAGGAAUCGGUCCUAAUACAGAGAGAGUACUUUCACACUUUUUACAACACCUUUCAAGUAUCAAUUCAUUUUGUUCAUUUUUAUGUUAUGUUUAUAAUCACCUGUGUAUGCCCUGUAUAGUGUAGAUGUUAUUCCACUACUGCCAGAAGCUUUGGGGUUUUUUACACAAAGUUGAUCAACAGACUCAUGCUGUAUACCCUAAUGAAUUAACAAG